AUGUACAGCAGCGCAGCUAGUGGCACGCGCACCACAGACGCAGCAACGACUGCACGCGGAAAACAGCGUCAACAUUAUGACCUGGAACGCGAGCAACGGCGGUCACGAGCGCCGUCGGGGCACACCGAGGGGAGUGUCGGUGAGUAUCGAGAAAACAGAGACACAGAUAGAGAUAUGGUAGGGUAUAGAGAGCGGGAAAGAGAUAGGGAGAGUGAUAGAGAGAGGGAUAGGGAUAGGGAUCGAGACCGUGAUUCCGAUAGUUAUAGUAGCAGAGACCGGGAAAGAGAACGGGACAGGGAUCGCGAUAGAGAUGCCGUGUCGCCGAGUCAAAGCGGGGCCGGGGCCAGAAGGAUGGACUGGGACGGGAAAGAGAAACGCGGUAUGGAAUUGCGCAGCGUCAGUGGGGGGUAUGUGCGAGAAAGUAGAGAGCGAGAUAGGAGUGAGCGUGAGCGGGACCGAGACAGAGACAGAGAUCCCCGCGAGCGGGAUUUAAGAGAUCGCGAACGCGACCGAGAAACACGCGAUAGAGACCGCGGAGAAAGGCGCAGAGAUGGCGGUGGUGGUGGCGGGGUGAAUGGCCCCCCGCAAACGCACUGGCAGCACGACUCGAGACUGAGGAGUAGUGUGUCCGGUAGGGACGACCGAGACCGGGAUAGAGAUAGCGCGAAGUCCCGGGAAGGGAAUAGGGGGGGUCUAGAGGGGGGUCUGGAAAGAGGCCUGUCUGGAUCAGGCAGUGGUAGGGCUCGGCGGAUGGAUUCGGCUCAAAUUUUAGGGCGCAAUACAUCUCCGGUGCGGGGCUCGGAAGACGAUCAAUAUCAUUCCAAUACACUCACGAGUACUGGUUCAAUAACAAGUAAUGACAAUAUGGCAGACGCAAAUCCGAGUACAAACCCUGGGACGGGGCGGGAUUUCGGUGAGAAGGCUUCGCAGUCGAUCCCGAACGGAAUAUUAUCGGAGACCAAAUCACAAAUACCAGCAACUUACGCCGCAAAGUCGGGAUUAGAUAGCGCUAGUUCGGGUGCACGAAACAGUAACAGCUUCGUAUCAACUCACAACGAGGACACCGGACAUAAUCUGAUCCACAGCCAGAGUCUUUCUGGGUCGUCCAGUUAUCUGUCGUCUGUGAAUAGCGGACUACAAACGAGCAAAGAGAACGCAUCCACAGGCAACCUGGCCAGGAAAGAUGUGUCCACUGCAGGUGGUACGGCAGGCGGCGCUCUGCGCGGGGGCGUGGACACAGCGCUAGGGUCUACGUCUCCAAGCGCCAACGUUACACCGACGUCCCGGCAGAGGGAUCACAGAGGCGCUACCUCCAAUGUGGUGGGAGAUGGCGGCGAUAGGGAGCGCGAUCGGGUCAACGAUCGAGACAGACAAGAGAGAGACCGCGAACGUGACAGGCAAGACCGUGACCGGGAAAGAGAGCGCACAAAGCGCGACCGUGCUGGGGGUGGGAACAGCUCGAGGUAUAGCUUGGAUCGGAUUGGCGGAGCAAGCCGCGAGGUCGGGGCAGGCAAUAGGAUGACCGCAGGCGGCGGCCCGGAUCUGGCGCCUAUGCCGCCGCGAGCGCGACCGCGAGCGGGCGGAGGCAUGAAUAGGCUGUUCCAGGGUGCGCUUAAGGACGUCAGGCGCGCGCGCGACACGGAAGUGAAGAAGAAGAAGGAGGAAGAGGUCAAGGAAGCCAAAGAGGUAGGUAAGAUUGUGGAUUCUCAGACUCAUGCGGAGGGGCUCUCAUCGUCUGGCCCGAGUGCCAGCGAUGUGCGUAGCGGCACACGAAAUAACACAGACGAUGACCGAGAACGCGAUAGAGAGCGCUCGGGGACCGAGAGUGGGGCUGCAGCGGGAGCGAUGGUUAGAACGGCGUCGAGAGACUCGGAGGCGAGUAGUAUGAUGGUCAAUGACUCCCUGAACACACACUCACCCCGGGUGAGAUCCAGUUCCAUCACAAGCUUAGUAGGUGCGCGAGCGUCCACGCCGAGCGGGAAGGACGCGACGGCGGCCGUGCGGGACAGAGACCGCGAGCGCAGGAAAGAGCAGCACACCACCCCCCACACACAAGCCAACCUGGCCGUGCGUAAACCCACUACUACCACACCUCAGGCCCACACCUCAGGCACCUCGACGGCGGUGGUACGCAAGGGCUACGAGAGUGACCAGGCACAGCCCGGCGGGCUUGCCUUGGCGGCGUCCUUGUCGACAUCCGGGUCCACGAGUAACCUGUCUAAGCUGCACUCGCCCGACGCCAGUUCAUCAGCACGAUCGUCGUCGGUUACGAGUCUGCGGACGGCCUCGGGUAGCGUAGCGCCGGCCAACGUUGCCGGGGCGGGAGCCAGUGGGGCCCGAAUGGGCCGGCAGGACAGCUCCAGUAGCCUAAGUAGUUCAGUUCAUUGUAAUAGUAUCAGUAACAAGGAUGACCGCGAGCAGGAGCGGGAGCGGGACAGAGACCGCGAUACCCCGCUGCAGGCAGGGAGUGUGUCUAAGCCGAAUGGCGAGAGUGUGGGCUCAGAUAGAGAGCGGGAGCGAGAGGGCAGGGAAAGGGCUAGCAGAGCGUCUUCCACUGUGUCCCAUGCUGCUGGCGUGACACGGGAGCAGCAGCAGCAGCAAGCCCUGGCCGCCUCGAAGAUGCUCAAGAGUGGCGGAGGGGCGUCCAAUUGGAGGCGGUUGUCUGAGGACGAGGACUCGUACCGCGAGCAUACAGAGCGCUUAGAACGCACCGAGCGCGAUCACGAUCGUGCGGGCGAGCGUCUGAGUGAGCGCGAGAGGGAGCGCAAGCACAACGAGGAUAUCCGCGAGCGAGACCGCGAGAUGCGCGACCGGGAACGCGAGAGAGAUCGCGAGAGCAGGGACGGGCACAGUGGGCGAGAUAGAGACAGGGAUAGAGACAGGGACCCUAUCAGCCACUCAACAGCUAUAAGAGAGUGGGAUCGAGACCGCAUCCGGGAUAAUGAGCGAGACAGAGAGCGUGAGCGCGAACGCGAUAUCAGGAAACGACAAGGCAGCAACGCACAACAACAGCUGCAGCACGGCUCGAUGAAGUCUCCCCCGAUUGGCGCGAACACCAACCAGCCUGGUGGGCGGGAUAGAGAUAAUCGAGACACCCGGGAACGCGGCGACAGGGACAGAGACAGGGACAGAGACACACACGGACGGGGCAAUAGAGACCGGGACGGUAAUAGAAGGGCGGGCGACCGAGGCAAUAACGAUCGCAUCAAGCAGUGGUCGAACCGAGACGCACGCGAGUUUGAGAUGAUGCAACGCGCGCAGCAGAGCCAGUCCUCGCAGUGGCAGCAGCAGCAGCAUGUACAGCAGGCGCUCAAACCGCACGAGAUGUACCAGCAAUACGCCCAGUGGCCCCAACAGCACGCCCAGACCCAGGCGCAGCAGAACUACAUGAACAUGAUGAAUUACAUGUACCACAGCCAGGUCCAGCAGCACAUGGGUGGGCCGGAUCAGUGGGCUCAGCUCGCGAAUAUGGCGAGCAUAGACCCCGUAUUAGCCAGCCUGAUUGCGAAUGGCGCGGGUGCGGAUGUGGCGGCGGGGUCGCACGACGCACAGAUGCGCGAGCAGGUGAUGGCGAUGAUGGCCGCUCAGCAGCAGCACCACGCUCUCAAUGGAGGGCUGGGUAUGCAGGGGGCCAAUUACGGGACGAAUAACGGGAUGGGCGGGUCGCAGCCGACUAUGGUCAGCGGGACCGGUGAUACGAUGAUGUUCUAUCCCACGCUCAGGCCGAGUGUAGCCGGGCGCGACUUCAAUCUGUGUGUGGAGCUGAGCGAUUCGGAAGACGAGGACGAGAGCGAUGGCGACGUCUCCGACUACGCGCAGUCGCAUCUGCACGCACAGCAGGCUCACGCACACGAUAGUGGAGACGCAUCGUUUGACAGCGGGUUGGCGAUGAACCCGGACAUGUCCGCCCAGGAAACCCUAGACGCCACGCUGACCCUUGUGGCGCCCAAGCAGCACUCAUUGCGCCAGGAGCCGCACAUCAGUGCAUUCGGCGCGUGUGACACGUCACGCUGUGACCACACGGAGCUGGAGGUGGACCUCAGCUUCAUCUCUGACAAUCUGCGGCAGAUAUAUACCAUCACACAGAACAUCCUGGAGACCCACGCCGAGGCGACGCUGCAGCAUCUCAGGCAGGGCUCGUCUGGUAAGAGCGCCACCCCCGCGGCGGCUGUGGCGGGCAUUACGAGCGAUGACGAGGACAUCUUCCAGUACCUUUCCGACGACGACGACCGGGACACUAUAUACUACCCUAACCCAGCUGAUCUGGUCACUGCCAGCGGCGAUGCGGAGGCCGCGAACGCCGUUGGAGAUGAUGGGGAUGGAGACGGUGAUGGAAACGGUGCACUGAGUGCCACUGAGGACGGCGUGGCGGUGCCGGAUAUGGACACGGCUACCAAGUCUGAAACGACUGGCGCUGGUGACGCCGUGGGUGGGGAUAGUGUGAGUGUGUGUGGCGGACCUACGACAAGCACAGCAGAGCGUGGGGCAGGGGACCAGUCGGGGCUUGCUGGUGACGGGCGCACGCAUGCGGCUUCUGUAGAUACAAGUGCCAAGCAGGCGGUGGGCAGUACUGGAGACAGUACCGAUCCUGAACGUGCGGGUGCAGGUGCGCACGCGAGUGGUGCUGAACUUGAGAGGAGCCGAAGUCCCGAACUUUCGCACCUGUACGCGGUAGCUGAUGGUGUGGGUGUGGGUGUGGCUGCGGGCGAACCAGAGACCGCGGAUAACACACCGGUGCUCAAGCGCACGCAAAGGGCGUACGUGUCACUGUUGUCGGAGGACUCACUCAGCACCGAUGUGGACUCGGAUGGGACGAUCCUAGCCACUGAGAUAGAGUCGGACAAUGAGGUGGAUAGUACCGUGGAGGUACAAGGCAGGUUAGCAGAGGUGGACUACAUGUUAGACGAUGUGUUAGGAAUAAACGACGCGGUGUAUACCACCGCCACACACACAGAAGGCCCAGCCUCACGCGCAAAGCUCGCGGGACAAGCAGCUGGCGCAGCGCACGGCACAGAUGCACAGGAGACGAGGAUCACGCAAAUAGGCACGGCUGUUCCGGUGCAAGGGGGUGUUAUGGCUGAUGCAGCUGCCACACUGUCACAUGCUAACGUUGGUGUACGUGCGGCUGCGGGUGCUGGUGCUGGUAGCUCGAUGCUCACGAGUGCCGAUGUCGAAGACCACGUGGCAGGUGAUAGUGGACCACCCGACCACUGAGUGUUUAGAGUGUAUAGGUUAACACAUAAAGUGUACAGCGUGUCACAUAUAGUGUGUAGCUUGUCACGUAUAGUGUACAGGGUUGUUUUCCGUAUAUAAACCGGUUUCGGACUGGAAGAACCCGUCCAUCUCGGGCCCGUCGAACGCCCCUUUGCGUCUAGCGGAGUGGGCCUGGGGUGCGUAUGGGUUGGCUCGGGAGACAGAACCACGUGACGCGGCGUGUGCCUGUCCAGUUCUCGAUGGGAACAUUGCGAAUGCGACGUGUGACAAGGCAUACUAUAGCUCUUCGGUAGGUGUAGCGCAGCAUGUCAGUGGUGAAAGUUCGGUACUUGUCCCCCACUUCGAGUGGCCAAUGUCUGGGGUAGUCGAAUAAUAAAACCAAGUAUCGUAUGCGAGGGGGAUAGCUGGCGUCAAGACCACUGUGGACAGGCUAUUGUAAAUUUGUUGAUGCCGUACGAACACGCCGGGCCAGCGUUGCAGACACUAGAAGGAUCCAGUUAGGACGGUUCGGCUCGCCCAAUGCCGUGUUUGAUCGACGCCAUAUACCCGUCUUUGGUGCGCGUAGGCAAGCUGGAUGGGUCAAUAACAGUCCAGUCAGCAUAGCGUAGGGGAAUUUGAGUUCGCUUGUUUAUUAAGGUCGAUUAAUCGAUCGAUCGAUCGAUUGAUUCAUCGUGCGUGUCCCAACGGGUUCACCCCAUGCCACAACAACACCCUACCGGCAGUACGGCACAAGAGGUAUCGAAGGCACGCAGCACGGCAUCUCAAUGGAACAUGACCGUACACAGACUACACAGACUUGUUGUCGCACGACCACUUGCCUGCUGCAGGUGGUGCUUUGAGAUCAGGCCCAUGGUAUGUGUAAGGACACUCCACUACCGGCCCCAUGGGCAAUGCUCGGGUGCAAGGUGACGGUAGUCUUGGGAUAGCGAUGCACUAUUAUAUGACACGUAACCAUCUCAGUUUGCGGUUCAGGCAGAAUAACGAUAGUCAGUUUAUUGGGUACCCCCACACCACCAGUCGUCUCUAGAGGCUGUGAGACCGCACGUACGCGACAUGCCGAUUCCGUAGAUUGUGGGUGUGGCGAGUGAAUCGGUGUAUGGUUGAGGUUGGAGUGUCCUCUACUCUAGUGCACACAGAUAUGGCUGGAGUGCGUAUGCACACACGCACACGCACACACGGGUGGCUCAUUAUUUGCUAAUUUAAGUGGUUGGGACGGAUGAAGAUGAAAUUUAGAAAACCGGGAAUCUACGGAUACCAUGGAAGGGCCCUGACAGGUCACGUCAUGUCGUGCCAUGGUUGAGGAGGCAUCUGACAUUUCGAGUGGAUCACGGAGCAAGUUUAGUUAGAAAUGGUAUUUAUAUCGAUCGUGAGAACGGAGAUACGGCAGAAUACCUGUGUGUUCAGAACGGAACGGCACCACAACCCUUUGUGUGUGUGUGUGCGCGUCCGUCGUGUUUGUAUGUGAGAAAGAAAGAUAUCAAGAUGUAUGCUAAGGGGGUUGUUCUUCCCUGAUAGUGUGUACUAAACACCCAGUCAAUAUUAAGAUCCCCUACCGAGAAAAAAUAAAGGUGAAACAUGAGGCGAGUCUUGGCUGCUGAGCCAAGGCUAUGCCGGUACCC